AUGCUGCGCCACGUGCUGUGCGUGUUGGCCCUCGCGCUGUGCUGCUGCACCUCUCUGUGCGUGGCUGCUGCCGCUGCUGAGCUCCCAGGUGAGUUGCAGCUUGCUACUGGCGACGCGAAGAUAACGCUGACUGGGGCAGUUGAUGCCACUAACUGCAGGCCGCAGCCCACAUCAACGACUGGGGAAACCAAGACGGUUACCAUUUCCACUGCGGUUACUUUCGCGAAGGGUGCCUCAGAAGAAAAAAAAAUAAUUCCGGAUGUACCGUCUGAGACAGUCAAAGUUCCCGUUGGGCACAAGUUGACGCUGAAGACCUCACUGGAUGUUAAAUGCACGAAGAAAGAUAAAGCUAGUUCCAGCACCGCUGAAGAAAACUGCCCAUCGGCGGAAGCUGAAACAGCUGACAGCGACACCAUCACCUAUGUUUUUACUGUGACGCCCACUACUUCUGAGCAGACUUCUGACAAGAUUCCGGAGACACAAACGCGUAAAGUGAAGGUCCCAGCCGGGUCCGAAGUGAAGCUCAUUGCGAACGUUGUGGCUACGUGCGCUGCUGUAUCAGUGACUCACUCAUCAACACCGUCCACACAGCUCAGAUCUCCCGGUGGAGGAAGAGGGGAGUCCCUUGAUAGCGACGACCCUGAGAGAGCUCUUACCACACAGAAAUCUCAACCAUCCGAGCAAAAACCUCUCAAAACAGAGACAGACAAUCAUCAGACUCAGGGCGGACAGACGCCUCAACAAUCCAACACUCCAGUGGGUGACCCCUCCACGGGAGAUCCAAGGCAAACUGAUCAAGUUGAUGCCGGUGAAAGUAGCAAUGCAGAAAGCAAAGACGUCCCCGCUCCAACUUCCAGCGAGGCAGAGAGCACAGAAGCAGACAACUCCGUCCCAGUGA